ACGAAUACAAUAUGGUACCUUGCUUCCUAGACGGCUAAGCCCUGAUAGCAAAGUCCCCACUGCAAAACAAGUGAAUUGGAGCUCCAUCUCCGGCGCUCUCAGCUAACCAGAAGGAGGCUGAGAUGGCAGUGGACAAAGACAAGCUUCUUGAAGAAGCUUCAUUUAUUCGUUUCUGCAAAAUCGUGCUGGGUUGGGACUAUUUUGCGCUCCUCAGAGAAGCUGAUAAAGAGAAGCAGAGAGAGAGAAGAAAAGAUGAUAAUGAACCUGCUACUUCAGGUUUAAGAGAGGUGAAGAAAACCUACAAAGACGUUGAUGAUUACCUUGCAACUUUUGAGCCCCUUUUAUUUGAGGAAGUGAAGGCUCUAAUUAUUCAGAAAAAAGAUGAUGAAGAAGUGAAUGAAUGGGUAAUGAGGUUGGUCGUGGAAUGGAAUGAGGCAGAGGGGUUUCUGUUACCUGCAGUUACUUAUGGAGAUGAUGAGGGUGAGAAAAUAUCACAAAAUGAUCUUUUGCUCCUUUCCAGAGAGCAGAUUAAAGAUGUUCAAAAACUCCCUGAGACACAUGCAUUUGCUUUGGUGGAACACCGCCAGCAUAAUCUUCUUAGACUUAGAAUGUUCUUAGAUGGAGAGGUUACUUGUUUAAAUAUAGACAACCUUGAAUCUCGUCCAAGGCUUUUAAGAAUGCGGCGUUUCAUGACUUCUCCUCUGAAGCUACAGGAAAAGCUUUUGUUUAGUCUAAAGAUUUGCAGUUUAUCAACUAUUUCUCGUGAAUAUUUUGCUCUGCGGUCAAUUUGCUCUCUUCCUUUCAAGGAUUUAAUACUAAAGGCUACUGAUAAAAAUUCUGGGUCUGGAGACCAGGCGUGGAAAGUUUCUGGAACUCUGCGUGAAUAUUUUGGAGGAAUCCUUAACAAGUCACAACUAGAAGCUGUAGAUGCUGGCCUAUCACGUAAAGCCUUUGUCUUGAUACAGGGUCCCCCUGGAACGGGAAAGACGCAAACCAUCCUUGCACUUCUUAGUGCAAUUUUGCAUGCUGCUCCAGCAAGAGUACAAUCCAAGGGUUCAUUGCAUGAGUUUAAAUGUGGGCCAGAAAUACCAAUUCAAGAGAAGUACAAUCAUUGGGCACGUGCAUCUCCAUGGUUGAGUGGUAAUAAUCCUAGAGAUAUAAACAUGCCCAAAGAUGGUGAUGAUGGUUAUUUUCCUACUACUGGAAAUGAGUUGAAACCAGAAGUUGUUGCUUCUAGUCGUAAAUAUCGUGUACGCGUAUUGGUAUGUGCGCCAUCAAACUCUGCACUUGAUGAGAUUGUGCUGCGCCUUCUUAGGACUGGUAUUCGUGAUGAAAAUGUUCGUACAUAUAAUCCUAAAAUUGUGCGGAUUGGUCUCAAAGCUCAUCAUUCUGUCCAGUCAGUCUGCAUGGAUUACCUCGUGAAACAAAAACAAGAUGAGUUUGCUGCUGAUAAGAAGCAUGGAGCUGCAGGAGGCGAUAUUGAUAGUAUUCGAAAUGCUAUUUUGGAAGAAGCAGUAAUUGUGUUCUCCACACUCAGCUUCAGUGGUUCAGCACUUUUUAGUAAACUGAAUCAUGGUUUUGAUGUGGUUAUAAUAGAUGAAGCUGCCCAAGCUGUCGAACCAGCAACUCUUGUUCCUUUGGCCAAUGGAUGUAAACAAGUCUUUCUGGUUGGUGAUCCAGUUCAACUACCUGCCACUGUAAUUUCUCCUGUUGCUACGAAGUUUGGUUAUGGCACAAGUUUGUUUGAGAGGCUUCAGAGAGCUGGUUAUCCAGUCAAUAUGCUGAAAUUGCAAUACCGAAUGCAUCCUGAGAUUAGAAACUUUCCUUCAAGGGAGUUCUAUUCUGAGGCACUGCUGGAUGCAGAAGAUAUUUUGAGUAAGACAGAACGUGAAUGGCACAAAUAUCGCUGCUUCAGUCCUUUUUGCUUCUUUGAUAUACAUGAAGGAAAAGAAUCGCAGCCCUCUGGAAGUGGGUCCUGGGUGAACACCGAUGAGGUUGAGUUUGUGCUCCUCUUGUAUCAUAAAUUGGUGACUAUGUAUCCGGAGCUUAGGUCAAGUUCACAACUUGCAAUUAUCUCUCCCUAUAGAUACCAAGUCAAGCUUUUCCAAGACCGAUUUCGGGAUACUUUUGGGCAGGAAUCUCAAAAGUUUGUUGAUAUACAAACUGUUGAUGGUUUCCAGGGUCGAGAAAAAGAUGUUGCCAUAUUCUCAUGUGUUAGGGCCAAUAAGGACAGGGGUAUUGGGUUUGUCUCGGAUGCCCGAAGAAUGAACGUCGGUAUUACCCGAGCAAAGUCUACUGUGCUGGUGGUGGGGUCUGCAUCAACUCUGAGGAGUGAUGAGCAUUGGAACAACCUGGUGGAAAGUGCUGAGAAGAGAGAUCUUAUAUUCAAGGUCUCCAAGCCUUACGCUUCAUUUUUCAGUGAUUCAAAUCUUGAAUCUAUGAAGGUUCCUGAUAACUUGCUAGGAGUGCCUGAUCAAGAUCUCGAUGAUGAUGUUAUAAUGCAUGGUAUCAUUGACGAUGCCGACCAAGGGCAAGCAGAUGAGCAUGACAUGGAUGACAUGGAUGAUGGGUUCAACGGUGCUGAAGAUGACUAAGUUUGCUAGCAAAUAAACAAUCAUUUCACCAUGUAAAUUGUUAGUUUUAGCCGAUUGGUGUUGCAUAUCUCCAAGAGUAAUGGUAAUAGCAAAGGAGAAAACAAGAAUGCUGAAAAAGCUGCGUAUGCAACUCUGCUGGCGAGGAGGCAAGGGAAAACAAGGCAGAACAGAUACUUGGAUAUAUUGAUUAUCUAGUCAUUGCAUGAGAUGGCAAGACUAAUAGCUAGUUGUUUUCUAUGAGAACUGUUUGGGGGAGUUUCUUGAGGGACAGACAUAGAGCUGCCAACCUUGUAAUGCCACCAUGUCAUUCCCACAAGCUUCUCGAUUAAAGGGGUAAAAAAGGAAGGGCAAAAGAUGGACUAUAUUGAUUAUAACAUUCCCUAAAUAGAAGGGCUUCAGUCAUUAUUCUUGUAAUAAUAUUUUUAAAGAAAAGUUUAUUUCAUGUUGAGGCACAAUUUGUUUAUAAUCUUACCAAGUAUAGGCCAAAUAUAUUCUUCUUGGUAUUAAUGUUUUUAUAAUGGUAUACACAAGUGAAAUUACUUAUUAUUUUA